AUGACCGAUCUUGACGAGGACUUCGGACCAGCGCUAUGGGUGGUGAACACAAUCUUCAUUGUACUGGCCACAUUCGCUGUUGUUGCUCGCUUUGGGGCUCGACGGCUGCGAAAGUUGUCUCUCGGUGCAGAUGACUGGAUUAUCUGUGUAGCCCUUUUCUGGGACUGGCUAUUAUACGGGAUAUUCGUGGGAUGUCGAAUUAAUGGACUCGGCAAGCACCGAGAAACCCUCUCACCAGAACAAGUCGCUACAUUCGCCGAGCUCCUCUACUUCUUCCAGAUAUUCUACCAUUCGAGUUUCUUGCGAAUUGUCGACGGCAUGAUCGUUCUGAUCUCUGUGUGGGCAAUUGUCAUGACUUUCCUCGCCAUUUUCAACUGCAAGCCGAUUAGCGCCUUCUGGACGACGGAGGGAACUUGCUUGAACUUUAAGCAAUUUGCUAUCGGCUACGCAAUUGUAAAUAUUAUCAGUGAUUUUGCGGUUUGGUUGAUGCCAAUUCCGAGAGUGUGGAAUAUCCAGCUUCCGAAACCACAGAAGAUUGCUCUGUCCCUGAUUUUUGCAUUGGGUCUUUUUGAUUGCGCUGCAGCUAUGGCCCGCCUUCUCCUCUCAAUGCUUGUCCUGGGCGAGUAUGACUCCACAUGGCUCUACGCAAAGGGAUACAUGUGGUCCAUUAUCGAAGUUUCGACAGGCAUUGUGUGCACAUGUCUGCCAACGAUGCGAAUACUCUUGAAGACAGCCUUCGGUGGCGCUUUUGCAAGAAUCUUUGGCAUGUCCAGCGGGAAGGCCAGCCAUCAGCCGUCAAGCAAUACGCCGUGGUCUAGAACAAAAGAGUAUUAUAAUGAUAUUGGGGACGUAAGGUCGGUGGAGGUCUUUUCCAACGCUCAUCGUACAAACAAUGUUUCAGAAUCGCACGAUGCAGACUGGGACACGAACUCGCAGCGGAUUCUGGUGACCGAGGAGGUAAACAUUGAACUUCAGCCAGUCAAACAAAGGGCAUCUGUAAACGAAGCUUAA